AUGAAGGCGGCCCUUCUUACACUAUCGCUGGCGCUUCCCGCCCCGACGGCGGGUCUCUGGCAUCGAGCCCGCGGCAGAGACAUUCGCUACACCUCGGUCGGGGGCUACUUUCUCCAGGACGAUCCCAGCACAAACGCAGCCGGGUUUGACUAUGCCCAGCACAACUUUGGACUGAUGGACAGGAGAUACGCCACCGACGAGACGUUUGACCCCCACGGCACCAAGUCGCAGUGGCAACGCUUCGAGAAAUGGCUUCACCAUCUCAACCACAACAACUGCGGCAAGAGCAGGGACACCAGGUUUAAGGUGCUCUUUUUCGGUCGCCACGGCCAGGGCUACCACAAUGUCGCCGAGAGCUUCUACGGCACGCCCGCCUGGAACUGCUACUGGGCCGAGCUGGAAGGCAACGGCACCAUCUCGUGGGCCGAUGCGCUGCUCACGCCAGACGGCUUCGCGGAGGCGCAAAAGGCCCGCGCCUUUUACGAGACGCUCCGUGAGCAGCAGCGCAUGCCCCAUUUCGAGACGUACUACAGCUCCCCUCUCCGGCGGUGCAUCCAGACGGCCAACGCGACGUUUGCGACGCUGCAGACGCCCGAGCAACACCCCUUCGCGCCAACCAUCAAGGAGGGGUUCCGCGAGGACAUUAGCAUCCACACCUGCGAUCGCCGCUCCAAGCGGUCCGAGCUGGAAACGUUGGUGCCCUGGUGGCGGUUCGAGGCGGGGUUUGCCGAGGACGACGAGCUGUGGGAGGGCGACCGGGGCAGAGGCGAGUCCCCGGAGCACCAGCUCGCGCGCAGCAAAGCGGUGCUGGACGACGUCUUCACCCACGACGAUGCCACGUGGAUCAGCGUCACCAGCCACUCUGGCCAGAUUGCCGCACUGCUCAAGGCGUUGAACCAUCGUCUGUUCAGCCUGUCGACGGGGCAGAUCAUACCCGUGCUCGUCGAGGCCGAGCUGAUUCCACCGCAGCCCAGGCCGUCGUAUCCCGCAUUCACGCCCGAGGCGACGUGCAACGAGCCGCCGGUGACGAGUCUUGCCCGCCAGGGAUGCGUGUGUCCCAGCUCGCCAACCAGCUCUGCACCAUCUCCCAGGGUGUACAUGUAA